GAAGACACAUUUGGAGAGUUGUUUGUUCGGUGCAGUCGUGCAGAUUCUUUUGAAAGUUAUAAUGUAAGUCGUGUCUCGUGAUUAAUAUGUAACUGAAUUUUCCAAGAUUUAAUUUCACAAAUUGUCAUGCAUGCUUACUUUAAAAGACUGGAAUGCCUGCUUGCGAUUAUUCAAUAACCUAUGCAGUAUGCAUUAUAACGCAACUUUCUCUGCCAAUAGCAUAUCUCUGCCAAUAGCAUAUGAGAUACAUGCUGUUCCUCUUUGAUGUUCCUCGGGAACCUUUUACCGACAAGAUUUUACAUUGAGGCAUUUAUUUAUCAUAUCAAAAAAGUUCAAAGCUUUGCUUGAUGCCUUGAUAUUAUGAUAUAAUAUUCCUUUACUUGUAUUUUCCUAUAAUAAAUUUCGUAUGAAACGUCAGUUUUACAGUGAUGCUAAGAGUUAACAAUGUACUGAGAUCAACAAGUUUGGGGGCUCUCCCCCGAUACGGACGUCUGCAAGCUCUACCCCAACUUCAGCACAGCACUCCAGCCCGUCACAAACGCUCUGACGCACAAACUGACAGUCACGUUGUUCCGCCCGUUCUGCUGAACUUCCAGGAUGCGAAAGCAGCAUAUGAGUCGAAAAACACGUUUGAACUGUUUAGAUCCCGUAUUGUGCUGCGUCUGUGUGGUAUUGAUUCCAUCGUCAAUAACAACGAGAAACUCUUGAAGUUCUCCAAAAUAAUGCUGCCGAAAAAGAUGUUUGAUUCUGUUAUGAGGAUGACGUUUUAUGGUCAGUUUGUCGGUGGAGCUGAUGUAAAUGAUCUCCGACCAAAACUCUCAAAAAUGCAGGAGUACGGGGUGAAGCCCAUCCUGGAUUACUCAGUUGAAGCAGAUCUAAAGGAGGAUGAAACAGAUGAGAUUCCCGAGAUUGCUGUUACAGAAGUGCAGUUUAAACAAGAUUCCAUAUCCUCCAAACGUAACACCCACCAAGCCGUAGCUCGAGCUUAUCCUUACAAAGGAGAAGACAGUUGUGAGGAGAACUUGAACAUAUUCCUGGAAUGUUUGGAGACAGCGAGCCAAGUUUGUGAUAAAAACGCAUUCUCCGCGAUCAAGGUCACAGGUCUGGGUAAACCCAACGCACUGCUUGAAGGCUCUCAUUUUUUGCAUCGGAUCCAGGAAUUGUAUAUCAAACAUUCCCAAACAUUUGAAGGUACGCUGCCCUCCUAUAUCAAUAUCAAGUACCUGCCUAAAGAUGUACUAGGACCCAAGGAACUUCUUGCAGAACUAAGAAUGACGCUCGAUAAUUUCCGAGCUAUGUUAACCAGUCUGGGCGCUGAUUUAAGCGAAAGUGAAAUCACAGAUUUGUUUAAUUCAAUGUCUCCGGAUGAAAUGGGCCAUAUUAAAUACCACAGAUUCCGCGAAUCUUGCAUGCCUGGUCCACCAGAGAAACCACUCUACACCGUGUUAACACAUCUCAAUCUUCCUGAUGGUAAAAUUAAAAUGAGCGCCGACCACUUAGAAGCACUUAAUAGAGUCGAAGAAAGACUGAUUGUGCUGUGCGACCGCGCAGUUGAGUUGGACGCCAAGAUACUCAUCGACGCUGAACAGACCUACUUCCAACCUAUGAUAGACUACUUUGCGAACAAGAUGAUGUCCCGAUAUAACAAGGAAAACGUUUACGUGUUCAACACUUAUCAGUGUUAUCUCAAGUCCACCCCGUCCCAGCUUAUCUAUGAUGCAGAUAAAGCGAACGUGCUGGGUUACAAACUCGGCGCAAAGCUUGUCCGUGGCGCGUACAUGGAACAAGAACGCCAACGCGCGCUCGACCUUAACUACGAGGACCCUAUAUACCCCGAUAAAGCACACACGAACUCAUGCUACCACAAUAUGGUUGAAAUCGUCCUGAAGCAGAUCGAAAGACAGAAAUGUCAGGUGAUGAUAGCAUCCCACAACGAAUUCACCAUCCAGUACGUUGUGGAGCGAAUGAGACAGUCCGGUAUUUGUCCGGCAAACGGGGGCAUCUUUUUCGGGCAGCUGCUUGGAAUGUGUGAUCAAGUCACGUACUUGUUAGGCGCAGGUGGGUACUGCAGCUAUAAGUACGUACCGUACGGACCCAUUGAGGCGGUGUUACCGUAUCUGUCCCGGCGUGCGUACGAGAAUAAGGGAAUGUUGAAGGGGAGUCAGAAGGAAAUUGAGCUGCUGAAAGGAGAGCUGAAGAGAAGGAGAUGGAGUGUGUUCAGUACUGCUAAUUAGGGGUCAUUGUAUGGUUAAUUAGGAACGCUUUAUUUAAACAGUGACCCAGGUUGAAUUUGCUAGAUUUAUAUCUAGAAACCCAGGCCCUUUGUAAUCAUUGUACAAUGUACAUUGUACAUCGUACAUUGGAUUUAACUAAAUGUGUGUUGCUAGAAUGCGUAUUGUUUUUUAUCGAAAAUCUUUCAAAGCGACAUACAGAAUUAAACUUAGUCGAAUUAAAAUUGUAUACCUUUAUCGGUAAAUUGAAUUACUCGAAAAUUAAAAUUACUAGGUAAGUUAUAUCAUAAUAUAUAGGAUAGGAUGUUUUUACAUUUUGUAUCAGCUGCAGCGUAUGUUAAGAUUUAAGAACUACUCGACAGUCGACAAUUAACAAUGGAUUUCGUCCCCAUAUGCAUAUGGAAAUGUAUUUUAUUCAGUUUAAGAGGGUUCACCCUAAUGUUUUUGUGAUACUCGUUUUUGAAAUAGCAGUUCAGGUGACCAGCAAACUAGACCCGUGACAUAAAUUUUGAGGGGGUCACGGACCCAAGCGUCAACUGAACUGCUAUCUCGAAAACAAGUUUCACAAAAAAUCAGGGUGAAAGCUAUUUUCAACCCAGAUUUAUUCAGUUAUUCAAUUUUUAAAUG